AUGACUAUUUCAAUUCAUGACAGAUGGACUGUUGGAGCAAUCAUUUUAAUUAUUUCACUCUAUUUUAUUUUUGUAUUAUUUUUCUCUAUUGAAUAUGUGAGAGCUUAUCGAAAGUCUAAUAGUUUUCAAAAAACCUUAGAUUGUCAAAUUACUGAAGGUGUUCGCGAGAAAAUAUAUCUCUCCAUACGAAAUGUUUAUGGCUACCUACUUACCCAUAAAAGUUUAUUAAAUGUUCUUAUGUAUAUCUUUGUUAUUUUAGUUUCCAUUCCUUUUGUUGGGUUACAAACCAGAAAUGAGAUAAGCCCAAAAGACUGGAAUUUAAUCGGCAUAGCCGCUAGAUUGGGGUUUCUUGCGUCGGGAUUGUUUUUCAUAUCAUUCUUUUUCAGCUUAAAAAACAACCCUUUUUCUUUGAUGCUUUUUUCGUCUCAUGAAAAGAUGAAUUACUUACAUAGACAAUUGUCAGUUAUCGCACUAUUUAUUGGCAUAAUUCAUGGGAUUUUGUUUGUUGUAUGGUCAGCUCGAAACUUCAAGCCAUUACUUACAGACAGAAUUACUUUGUACGGAUAUGCGAUUGGCUGUUUGAUUAUUGUCAUCUUUGUUAGCAGUCUUCCUUAUUAUAGAAAGCGAUAUUAUGAAUUUUUCUUUGCGAUUCACCAUUUUUGCAGUGCUGGCUUCAUAAUAUUGAUUUGGCGGCAUCACCCAGCGUCAAUCAAAUAUAUGAGACUCUGUAUGUUUAUGUAUCUCUUUGACCGAUGCUGUCGAAUCUUUCGUAGCAUCUUAAAUCGGUGUCAAUUUGAGUCUUUUAUUAUAGACGACGAUUUAAUUUACAUGAAAGCACAGAAACCAAAGCAUUCUUUAUUUUCUUUGCCUUGGGCCGCCGGAAAUCAUAUUUAUAUCAAUAUACCUUUCUUAAGCUAUUGGCAAGUACAUCCUUUCACAAUGGUCAAUGUCCCUACGGAUGAUUGCAUUGAGCUUAUUGUCGUCGUUCGUUCAGGUUUCACAAAACGUUUAGCUGAUUACCUUCAAUCGGCCAACUGUGCUAAUCUUGAAUCUAACCAGGAUUAUGUGGCUCUACAGGUUAGCAAGUUCCGGAAUUACUCAACAAUUAUAGAGCCAGAGAGGCAACGAAAUAUUGAUUGCUUAAUUCACUUACCAUCAAAUAAUUCCCAUAUGAGUUUAACGGCUUUAGUCGAUGGACCUUACGGACCAAUAAGUAAUCCUUGUACAAUCUACUCUUACGUUUUGCUAAUAUCAGGAGGUGUUGGUGUAUCAUAUUCUAUGCCAAUCUUACGAGAUUUACUAACUCGAAAAUCGAGAGCCAUAUCAAUUAAAUUUGUUUGGAGUUGCCGUUCUGUGAAGUUAUUAGAACUCUUGUAUAGGAUACUUGAAUACUCUUUGCAUCAAAUCCAUAUUAAAUUGGAGAUAAUUUGUCAUUUGACAUCUAGCAUUCCUCAUCGUGAACUUUCAACACUAUCCUCAAAACAAUUUGGUCAUUCCAGACUCGAAAUUAUUGAUGAAAGACCAGACUUCAAUUUGUACAUUAAGAGAUUCGCAGAAGAAGUCAAAAAUCAAACAUCCUGCUUGGCUGCAUGCGGAUCAAAUACCUUGCUAAAGACUGUUAAAAGCUCUGUUACUGGAAACCUUUCCUCGACAAGCGAUAUAUUCCAGCAUUAUGAAGAGUUAUAAGAUGAUCACGAUGCGAAGGAAAAUUCCACAAGAAUAAGCUAUAUCUUUAUUCAUUUAUG